ACCAGCCAACAGGCCGACGCAGCCACCUAAACAAAUUGCCCAAGUAACAAAACAGCCGCCCAACUAGUCGCAUAUUAAACGUCCAGCAGUCAUGAAACGGACCUACUUGUUGCUCUGCCUGAGCCUGCUGACCUGCAAUGUGGCGAAUUCUUCCUAUCUGCGUAACCUGGAGGCCCUGAAUCAGCUAAGCAAAUCAUCCUCCUCCUCCAGCCUACAGCUGCAGCAGCAGCAGCUGCUUCGUGGAGAUCUCAAUGGCAAUGAUGGUAACAGUGAGGACGAUAAUGAUGAUGCCACCACAAUUACACCCAACUCCAGCGAGGACUAUGACAGUCGUCCGCAGUACAGUUUUGCCUACGAUGUGCGCGACACCUUGACCGGCGACGAUAAGCGGCAGGAGGAGAAGCGCGAUGGGGAUCUGGUCAAGGGACAGUACUCUCUGAUCGAACCCGAUGGCACGCGACGCAUUGUGGAGUACACGGCCGAUGAUGCCAGCGGCUUCAAUGCCAUCGUUUCGAAUCAGCGUGUGGAUGAGCAACAGCUGCAGCAGCAGAGGAUCAGCAGCUCCGCAUCCUCCUCCUCCUCAUCCCGUUACAGCAGCAUUGAGGAGCUGCAGUCACGCCUGACCGCCCAAGCGAUUGCCGAUGCCCAGAGUCUGGCCGAUGCCCAGCAGGCCAGCCAAUUGCAAUUGGAGGCGCAGAGUCGACGCGAGUCCGAGAACCACGCCCGUGUCCAGGCACAGCAGCUGAUGGAGCAGUUCCAACAGCAGGUCCAGCAGACGACACAACUUCGCCAGCAGCAGGAACAACAGCGCCAACAGCAGGAACAGCAGCGACAGCAGCAGGAGCAACAGCUCCGCGAUCUUCAGCGCUUGCAGGAGCAACGAGAACGCGAGCAGCGAGAACAAGAGCAGCGGGAAAGAGAGCAACGGGAGCGAGACUUGAGGGAACGCGAGCUAAGAGAUCGGGAGCAGCGGGAGCGUGAUCAGGAGCGACGACAGCAGCAGGAGCGUCGUCAGAGCCAGCGACUACUCGAUCAGCAGACCCUACUCCUGUCCCAGAGCCUGCCCAGCGCCAGCCAACUGCUCGGUCAGACUGUCCAGGCCACCGUUGUUUCGCAUCCACCCACACUGCUCUCACGCCUACCAGCCUCCUCAUCAUUAACCUCUUCUUCGUCCCGCACCACUUUGCUGUCCCGUGAUCGCGAUCUGGACGCCUGGCGACAGUUGCCCAGCGCCCGCCUCACCAUCGAACGCACCUCGCAGCCGCAGCUGAUACUCGCCCAACCCGCCAGUGCCUCUGUCCAGGCUCAGCUGAUCAGUGGAUCGCCGUUGCUGCUGGACUCGAACCUGAAUGGAUUGCUCACCACGCGCAUCAAUGGGCAGGGGGCUCGUGCUGGCUUGAGCUGGUCCAAUGGUCGCCGACUUCUGAACAAUGAUCUCUGGCAGCUGGAGAGACUCGAUGAUCGCGAGGACAGUCGCCGGGAGGACAACCGACGAGAAGAGAACCGCCGAGAGGAAAACCGAAGAGAAGAGAUCCGACGAGAAGAGAACCGACGAGAGGAGAACCGACGAGAGGAAAGUCGUCGUGAGGACACUCGUCGGGAGGAUCUGCUGCUACGUCGCGAUAGCGAGGAACUGCGCUCUGGCAGCGCCGAACGCCUCAGCAACAGCCGGAACAAGGCCUGGUAGAGCCAACCACAAUCCACACAAAAAACCACACUUCAAACUGAACUCAAAAUGCAGCCAACGGGCAACGACCAACGACCUCAACGAUCUUCAAACUUGGACAACGAUUAUGUUUAGUAUUUAAGUUUUACCACUGCCUUAGCGCUAGCUAAAAGACUCUUGUGUAAUAUUAGUCUUAUUAUUUUUGGGGAUUUCGGUGACGCUUUUCUGCCCACGCACACGCUGUGAGUAUUUUGCCCCCUCUCUGUGAGUAUUCUGCUCUACCCUCUGGAGCAAUAAUCCCUCUCUGUAUGAUUACCCUCUCCCUUUACUCUACUAAAAGAAAUUAAUCGUUUCCUGCAUCACGCAUACAGCAAAACUAUGCCAAGAACUUAACCCAGUCAGGCGCUAACGCUUCUUUCUGUCUAACUUUAGCACUAAGCUGAAUUGUUUUUGUGUUACUUUAUAGUUAGUCAAACUGCAUUAAUGUGAAAAAGCAACAAAAAAAUAAAACAACAAAUACAUCAGAAUAAACAAGGAUGCUGUGGCUUCAGAGAAAUGAUGCCAUGUAUACCCUUUUGCAAAAUGAAA